AUGGGAAAAUGGUUCGAUCAUAAUAGUGACAAUAAUUGGUUAGAAGACAUGAGGGGGAAUUUAAGUCUGGUGGCCACUGUCGUGGCAACCAUAACCUUUCAAGCUGUAUUUAACCCUCCAGGAAAUGUGAUUCAACAGAGUAUAUUAGUCAGUUCCAACAGCACCAUCAACGAAGAAGACAAAAAUUUUACUGGUUUUAUAGAAUCAAGUCCCCUCGGCUGCUUCCCAUUCAAGAGUAAUGAUGGUCACAACGUUACUCGGCAAGCAUGUCCUGGAGAAGCUAUGCUUGCUUCUCGUAAUCCAGAUGGCUUUCAGGAUUUUGUAUUUUGCAAUACCAUGUCCUUCAUUGUGUCUCUUUGCAUUGCCCUUUUGCUAGUAAGUGGAGUUCCUCUCAAAAACAAACUUGUUAUGUGGAUUUUAUGUAUAGCCAUGUGUGUUGCUCUCACAUUCCUCGCGUUUGCCUAUUUUGACGCCCUCCUUCUGAUCACUCUGCACAAACCUUGGUUUACUCCCACUGAUUUAGCGGCUAGCAUAGCAGGUGUCACUGGGGAAGGAUUGCUUUUACUCCUUUGCUUGGCCACCUUGAAUUCACCAAGGCGCUUCUCACAUACAAACCGAAACUUGGCUUCUGCGGAAGGUCACAUCGACAUCGUGAAGGAACUUCUUAAAGUUAAUAACAAGCCAUGCUUGUUUCCUAAUGAAGAGGGCAAAAUUCCUUUGCACUAUGCAGUUAUCAGAGGGAGAAUAGAGGUUGUGAAAGAGUUGGUAAAAGCGAAGCCUGAUUCUCUGAGCUUUCUUGAUGACGGAAACACUGUAUUUCACUUGUGUGUGAUACACAAUCGUUUGGAGACUCUUAAAGGUUUGGUGGAAUUGGAACUUGCCAUUUCUGGGAAGCUUCUUUACUUCACAAGUUCUGAUGGAGUGGGGAACACCGUUCUCCAUUUAGCUGUCACGUCCAAGCAAGUUGAGACUAUAAGGUACCUCCUAUCAAUUCCAGAAGUAACAGAAAUGGCAAGUUUGGAGAACGAAGUGGGUCUCACUGCCUAUGAAAUCCUUAAACGCUGCCCGAAAGAUUUCAAAACCCUAGAAAUUCAAGUCAUGCUGAUGGAAUAUUCUGGAACCAGAGAUGCUGAAAAGAACAGAAUCCACACUCCUUCUCACACGUCACCGCCAGUUGCAAGACCUCGAAUUCAGAAGAAGAAGAAGAAGAAGAGAAACUGUUUGAUAAGGCUUUUGAAAUGGAUUGGAGGUUGGUUCAAACACAAGGGUGACUGGGUAGAAGAAAUGAGGGGAAAUCUGAGUUUAGUGUCUACCGUUAUAGCCACCAUAACAUUUCAAUCAUUAGUUAACCCACCUGGUGGCUUCAUCCAACAAGGUUUAUCUCAAAGCUCAUCCAAUAUUGAAGCCCUAAACUGCACUAUCCUUUCUAACAACAAGUCCUAUUGCCCUGGGGAAGCAGUCUCAUCCUUUCGUUCCCAAACUCUGUUUCUUCGAUACGUAAUUUACAAUACCAUCUCCUUCAUUUCAUCACUUAGCGUCACCCUCUUGCUUGUGAGUGGAGUUCCUAUGAAGAACAAAGCUUUGAUAUGGCUUCUAUCCAUAGGCAUGUGUAUCACUCUCACAACCCUAGCCCUUGCCUACUUAGUUGCCCUUCAAAUUGUCAUGCCAGAUCAUAUUUGGAAUGAUAAAGCAGCUUCGAUCACCUUUUCAGCUUCAAUAUUGGCCUGGGCUGGAUUGCUUGUGCUCGUUCUAGUGUUAAUCACACUGCGCUUUAUAAUUUGGAUUGUGAAGAAACUUGUCAGAGCAAUCAAAAAGCUAUUCAGGUGUGGAAUUAGGGAAAGUUGAUGCUGUUUUUCUUCACAUAUCACAUUUCAACUGAUGCUGUUAUCUGGCCGCGCUCAAGUGGCGUGGGCUGCUCUUAGGAUUAUAAUUCAUGUUAUAUGAGGGUUAUGUUUCCCUUCGUGUAAUAAUAUUAUUCAGUUUUGAGUUCCCACUUGUAAUAAAAUUAUUUUCCGAUAAUUUAACUAUGUUAUCUCUAUCUACAAAA